AUGGGCUCGGCCUUGUCAUCGAAGCAGGAGGAUGCAGGCUUGGUAGAAGACUAUCGACAAUGGAAGGCAAUGGGGCAGGGUGGUACAUCGCGUAAUUGGACCGGAUACAUGUCUCAGGUUGCCGCUGGGAAGACUAAGGCAUUUGGUGCCGACGAGACCAUGAAGCCUGGCUUCUAUGAAAAUCCUGAAAAGCGAGCCACCGGAUGGAAGAAGGCCACAGAGCAGCAGAAGUCCAAUGCUCGGAAAUCGUUUUUAAAAGAGACUCUUCCGAUACGGCCGGGUCCCCGAGCUAAGGCGAAACCCUAUGUGUUCCCUCAGCGUGAGAGGAAGGCCGAUCACCCUCAGGAUCCAACAGUCAAGCAGGCAUAUCUAGAGGCUUUCGAUAAGUUGUGCGAAACCAACACGGAUACAGAAUGGAAGACGUCAGUGCUUGAGAAACACGGCCAGGCGCUAUUCACGAAGAGCUCGGUCCCGCUUUCUCCUCUGGCCGGUCCGUCUUCUCGGGAGAUCUGCCAUAUCCACAGCACAGAUCUGUCCGGUCACGUCACCUUAUCAUUCAUAGAUGCGGAGGAUGUCAUAUCGAAAGGUUGGGGGGAACGUCACCGCUUGAGCGGUACAGACUGGAUCCACAUGGGCUUCACGAUGCUCUAUGUGCCGAACACGAUAGAGGAAACGGAAAUUCUUAUAAAGAUCUUCCAGGCUGGCAUUGAUUAUAUGAAGAGUGGUUAA